AGUUGUACACAAGGUCUGGAGAGUUGCUGCCGUGAAUCUCAUGUCACAGACUUAGUGCAGAAAGUUCUAUCUGCACCAUGGAUGGUAAAGGGAAAAGAGCGCCAGGAACGACUGUGGUGCCUGUUAUAAUUUGUGCGCUUGCUCUACCCUUGUCAAUGUUUCUGUGGAUUGGAAAUAUUGCCAUUUCGUUCUUCAUGUCCAGCGCGGAGAGCGAUCCAUACAGCGAUGAUGGUCCUGUGAUUCCUCCUACAAGAUGGCUUGCAUCAGUAGUGAUUCCACUGACAGUAGCUGCUUGGGGACUUCGUAGGAAGAGCUUGGACAGAAGCGGUGCUAUAUUGGGAGUAAUUGUUGGAUUUGUGCUGACAUUGACUAGUUACUGCUUCUUAGCAUGCCUGUUUACAUUUUUUGUGACAUCUUCAAAGGCUACAAAAUUCCGUUCAGAGAGGAAACGCAAACUGCAAGAUGAUUUCAAAGAAGGAGGCCAGAGAAAUUGGAUCCAAGUGCUAUGUAAUGGUGGCAUGGCAACACAACUAGCAUUGCUGUACCUUCUGGACUCAGGUUGUGGUGAAAGGCCUGUGGAUUUCCUUAGGGAUUACCGUUCCUCAUGGCUAAGCCUUGGAGUGUUAGGGGCAUUUGCAUGCUGUAAUGGGGAUACUUGGGCUUCAGAGUUAGGAUCUGUAAUAGGUACUGCUGAACCAUUUCUCAUAACAUCCAGAAAGAAGGUUCCCAGAGGUACCAAUGGAGGCAUUACAAUUGCUGGGCUUGUGUGUAGUCUGCUCGGUGGGACUGUUAUUGGCAUAGCCUACUACUUUACUGUCUUGUACACAGUGGAUCCAAGCAUCUUGGAAAAGAGUCCCUCUCAGCUGCCACUAAUUGCUGCAGGGGCUUUUGCUGGAUUAGCUGGAAGUAUUUUUGACUCAAUUUUGGGAGCUGUUUUUCAGUUUUCUGGUCUUGAUGAACGGACUGGAAUUGUGGUGGAACAUCCUGGCCCUGGUGUGAAGCACAUAAGUGGGUAUCAAUUGUUUGAUAACCACAGUGUUAAUCUUAUUUCAAGCAUUGUACUGGGACUUGUUACUCCUCCUGUAGCAAACUGGUUGUGGCCAUGACAGGAAGACAACUUUCCCUGGGCUCAUUUCGAGACAGAGUGAAAGGUGUCAUUGAAUUUGUCAAAGGAUGAAACUGACUCUCUGUGAGAAAGGCAUGGUUAUCAAGAAAAAUGAAGAAAAGAAAUUACAUUACAGAUUUGAAGUGUGUCUAAAAUCUAUCAGAACAAUGAGGAGAAGUCACAAAGGUAUCCAUUCCUAUGCCAUGUCAGCUUCAAAGGAACUGCUGUUUAGCAUUUUGAGUCAUAGUGACCCCAUCCAAGCGUUUAGUAAGAACAUUUGAACUUUGGACCUCUCUUAGUCUCACCUAACUCUUUCAGAAAUUCUUCUAACUGCUUUUUAGGUCCAGUUUCUCUCUCUUCCAACAUAAUUACUUUUGGUUACCUUUUCAGUUUUGCAUGUUCCUUGUAGCUAAUCAAGUAUUCAGACUUCAUGAGCAAACACUAACAAAGGCAGACCUUCAUCUCAGGAAACAGAUAAACCAUUGCUAUAUUACUUCAUACUGUCACCAAUUACUAAUGGGUAUCCCCAUGAAUGAUUCACAUUGGAAGUGUGUAUAAUGUUACAUAACUAUGACAUCAAUUUAUUAAGCAUAUAUUUGAUUAUCUUGUAUUAGAAAAAGCCAUUGUCCAUCUGAAAAAACUUAAUGAAGUUCUGUGAUUACCACAAAGUUGGAACACCGAAUUAAAAUCCCAUUCUAAAAAUUA